GUAGAAAGACCUUACAAAUGUAGUGGUUUAGAUUCUGGGAGUCUGAGUUCAACAAGCGAGAUAGAAAUGAAAGCAUGCUUUGAGAUUUAGGGUGUGGGGUGCAGGGCCAUCAGCUUGUGAGCAACGACCUGCUAAGCUGAGGGCCAGCCCCCUUGAUUAAACAAUAUACUUCUGCUAAGCUGAGGGACAGAUCGUUUGAUUAAACAAUCCCCUUCUGCUUGCCUUGGGUGGUGGGACAUUUCUAUUGGCUGUAUAUGUUGUCAUCUUGUAUUAGAUUGGUUAGUCCAACUCAUACUCUUCAACUUAGAAAGAUAUUUAAUGUGCGGGAUUUGGGGCUCUCUCUCUCUCGGCUCGGUUCGCUGUUCCUGCUCUCCUGGCCUGCUUUAGCUGUGCCCAGCAGCUACAAGCAAGGCCUUCACAAUAAACCACGUGAUACCCCUGCACAUUGCUUAUAGAGAUACUUUGUCGCCGAUUCUACCGUCACGGGAACUCUCCUUCAAUUGGCGCCCAGCCGUGGAUGAACGACUGAUCCAGCCUUUUCCACCCGUAGGAGAUUGCUCCAUGGACGGUAACUAAAUAACCAGUUUUAGCCACCUGAAAGUGUCGCGAGCACAGCUUAGGGCUGCAGCGCAGCACCAUAGCUGGAGCUCUUAAAAUCUGCCGAGGUACACCUGGAGCACGGGAAGCUGUUACUGCCGUAGCAGCCUCCUCGAGCUCUCAGGGGAAUCUACCUGGCAGUCCUCGAGCACGGGGCCGCCGCUGAGCAGCGGCUCCUUGGAGCUCUCCUGAGGAUUUGCGUAGCUACCCUCGAGCCCUGUCUCGCCGUUGCUGGCAGCGGCGUGCCGGAGCUCUGCUGAGGGAAUCUGCUACGUGUCAGAGCACACGCGAGUGUUGCUGAAAGCACCGCCCGCACUACAGCUCUGAGUGGGACGUCCCCAGCACGGCAAGCCGAAGCCAGUGCUCUGAAGAGGGACGUGAAGCAGCGUCCACGCCGACGGGAGUGCCCGGCCAGCACUCCCACGCCGUUCGAGCUAAGGACCUUGCUUUGGCGACACACAGGUGAGAAAAAAAAAAAUCAGUCUAAUAAUGGGGCAAUCACACUCUACCGGUGAUAAAUAUCUUUAUAAGCAACUAAAGCAUUUAUUGUACUCUAGUCAAAGUAAGUUACCAAAAGAAGAGCUAAAAAACCUCUUAGAAUGGACUUUGAUUAAUUUCCCAAAUGUUGACCGGUCAGCUGUAUUCACCAAAGAAUUUUGGGACACAGUUGGAAUUAAGCUCUUUAAUAACAUUUCCCGCCGUGAUUUCGCGGCCGGUGAGCUCGUCCCAGCCUGCAGGGCGCUUGUAGAAAUCCUUGCUGCGAAGGAGCGACCCGCGGUAGCUGCUUUGAAGAACGCCGUUCCCGCCGCGAGUUUGCAGCAGGACACGCCCACCGCCUUCCAGCCGAACCUCGUGGCUCCGGUACCCACCAUCCCGCUAGCCCCUGCCGCCCCGUCCCCUCUCCCCGCGGCCCCUAGCACCCCACCUGCCCCCACUACCCCCCCCUCCACCCCGAUCCGCGCCAUCCCGCUGCUCCCUGCUGCCCCGGCUCCCGCGGUGUCGGCCCCCGGUUCCACCGGCGUUGUCGCGGUCCCCCUCCUCACUUCUGCCCCAGCGAGCCCGCCCACCGCCGUCCCUGCGCCCCUAUCAGCCCCUCUAAGUCCCGCCGGGCUGGCCGCUUGCCCCUGCCCACGCACGUGUCUGCCAGCUGCUGUCGUCCCACCUCCCCUGGCCGCGGCCUCAACCACCACGUGUCCCCCACGGCGCCACGCCGCUUCCCCUCCCCCAGCGCCCCCUAUGCCCGUGCCCGCUGCUCCCUUUGUCCCCCUCGGGGCUCCUACGCGGUUCCCGGGUCCAGGCGUUGCGGCGCGGUUCCCCUGUCACGGUGUACCGCCGAGGUUUCCGUGCCCCGGCGUGCCGGCAGAGCUCCCUUGUCCCGGCGCUGCUGCGCGGGACCUCGUAGAAGCUGCGCUGAACACCGCAGCCCCAGCUGCGGCCGGUGCCCCGGCGCACCGCCCUCCGCCAGCCCCGGUACUCGCCGCGGCUGUUCCCGUGUUGGAAACGGCGCCCUCCCCCCUUCCCGCCGCCGCUCCGGCCCGACCCCCCGGUCCCGCCGCCCCAGCGGCUCCGCUCAUGCCCGCACGGACCCCUACGCCUGCGGCCGCCGCGCCCAGAGCCGUGCCUCCCUCCGCGCCCGCAGCGGCAGCCCAGCCUCCCGCCCCCGGUCCCCCCGGAGCGCCUCCGUUGUUCGCCGCGCCGCCGCUGCUCGCCGUUCCGUCCCGGGCCGUGCCGGCUCCGCCGCAGCCCUCUGCGGCUGAGCUGCUGCGUGGAGUCGCCCCGCCGCUUCUUGCCACCGCCGAUGCCCCGUUCCCGCCCGCGGCCGCGCUGCCCCCCGCGCCCCCAGUCCCGGCUGCGGCGCUGAUGGACACAGACAGGCAAGCCCUGCCUAGCACGUGGGCCAUUGUCCCGCAUCACGCGGAACCGCUGGAGUGGCCCGCGCAUGCGCAGUUACCGCUUCCCUGGAACCAGCACACCCCGCCUCCGCCCCCCGCAGCCUUUGCCGCGGCUCUGACACAGCCUGCCGGUCCCGACCCGCCUCCGCCUCCCGCAGCCUUUGUCGCGGCUCUGACACAGCCUGCCGGUCCCGACCCGCCUCCGCCUCCCGCAGCCUUUGCCGCGGCUCUGACACAGCCUGCCGGUCCCGACCUGCCGCCUGCCACGGUGCAGCCCCACCCGGCAUCCCUGUGCCCGCCGCCCCCAUGCCAGGCUGCACGGCCGCCGCCGCCACCAGAGCCGAUAUUCGCAAUUCCAGAACUGUAUCCAUCCGCGCCGCCAGCCCGGCCAGUUCCUGCUCCGACAGCCCCAGCUGCAGCCUCUCCGCAAAUAAUCCCUCCCGCAGCUCGGCCCGCCACGCCACCACCACGGCACCAGCACACGGCACCCACGCAUCUGCAGCCCCCAAACAUCCCUCCGCCGCCACCCGCCGAGUCCACAGACGACACCACUACAGCCGAUUCCUGCACCGCUUUGGACGCAUCCUUCUGCGCCACCCUCUCUGCCAUACGCCGCCGUCCCGGGCACAGCCACAUCUUUGAGAGACCCCUCACCACCGCACGACCCUGCCCAGCUAACAGCUGAUGUGCCUUCACUGUCAGCUCCUCUGCCUCCGAUGCCUGCUGCCCUACCCCAGCCACCGAAUCUCCUCGGUCACCCAGCUGCGUUCCCGCCCUCCGCACCCCUAGCACCAAAUGAGACUUCAUUGUAUCACAGCUCGUCCAUACAGUCCCAGCCAAACACACAAACUGUGCAACGAAAAGGGGGAGAGUGGAAUACAACAGCUGCUUCAAUGAAUACAGGACAGACAGAGAACUAUUUUGUCCCUGCAAAUGACAACCCUUUGAUUCAAAUACAAGAGAACCCUGAAAAACAACUAAGUCUGUUCCCAAACAGCUCUACAGGCCCCCCUGUCCCUGUGUUUGGGACAGACUUCUCAACCCAAAAUGAGACAUUAAACCCUGAUUAUUCACUAACAUCAAUCCCAAAAGUACAAAACCCCCAGAAGUGCUUCGACAAUUCCCAGUUCACAGACUGGCAUGAAGUCAAACGCUUGAUUUGCAAAGAGGAAAGUCUGAAUCCUCUAGCUAUGCCUGUGCUAUUCAGCCAGCAAGCCGAAGGUCCAAGAACAUGGACAGCUAUCCCACCUCAUGAAAUAAAAGAACUACGAAAAGCAGUGAAAGACAGUGGCAUUUGCUCACCCUAUUUUAAACAAUUGCUUAAAAGUAUGAUAGAAGAACACACACUGACACCAAAUGACUGUAAAAAUCUUGCCAGUGUAAUUCUCACAGAUUCACAAUAUAUGCUGUGGG